CCUGGCUCCUAUCUGUCAAUUUACCGGCCCCUGUAAUACCCCAAAUCCCACGCUGAAAUGGAGGAAACGAGCCACCUCGUCUCCCCUCUCCAGGACUCCAUAGAUUACAAUUACUGCCAGAGCGAAGCCACCAGUCCAAGAACGCCGGGUUCUGUGGUGCGAGUGUCGGCUGGGAGCCCCGGACGCAGCCGGGAGAGACAGACGCUUUUGGUCCGGGACAGAGGGAACUCUCCGCGGGAUCCACACAGGAAUGAGUUUCCGGACGACCCGGAGUUUCGGGAGAUCAUGAGGAAAGCAGAACAAGCCAUAGAAGAAGAUAUCUUUCCAGAGAGGAUCUGCCAAGGAUCUAGUGGUAGCUACUUCGUGAAAGACUCUCAAGGGAACGUAAUCGGUGUGUUCAAGCCUAAGAACGAGGAGCCGUAUGGUCAGCUGAACCCAAAGUGGACCAAGUGGCUCCAAAAGCUGUGUUGUCCCUGUUGCUUCGGACGGGACUGUCUGGUCCUGAACCAGGGUUAUCUGUCUGAGGCCGGGGCCAGUCUGGUGGACCAGAAACUACAGCUCAAUAUCGUGCCCCGGACCAAGGUGGUGUCCCUGGCCAGUGAUGCAUUUAACUACAAUGCUAUAGACAGAGUCAAGUCUCGGGGAAAGAAGCUAGCUCUGGAGAAAGUUCCCAAAGUGGGACAGCGCUUCCACAGAAUAGGCCUCCCUCCUAAGGUGGGAUCAUUCCAGUUGUUUGUGGAGGGCUACAAAGAUGCAGACUAUUGGCUAAAGCGGUUUGAGGCGGAGCCUCUUCCAGAGAACACCAAUCGGCAACUGCAGCUUCAGUUCGAGAGACUGGUGGUCCUCGAUUAUAUAAUCAGGAACACAGAUCGGGGGAAUGACAACUGGCUGUUAAAAUACGACUGUCCAAUGGACACAGAAAGGAACCAGGACACAGACUGGCUGGUGGUAAAGGAGCCUAUCAUCAGACUGGCAGCCAUAGACAACGGCCUUGCCUUCCCAAUCAAACACCCCGACUCCUGGAGAGCCUAUCCAUUCUACUGGGCGUGGCUAUCUCAGGCCAAGGUUUCUUUCUCUCAGGAGAUUAGGGACCUGGUUCUGCCCAAACUGACCAACCCCAACUUCAUCAAAGACCUGGAGGAAGACCUCUACGAACUCUUUAAGAAGGAUCCAGGCUUUGACAGAGGACAGUUCCACAAACAGAUAGCUGUGAUGAGAGGACAGAUGUUGAACCUCAGCCAGGCCCUGAAGGAGAGUAAGAACCCCUUACACCUGGUCCAGAUGCCCCCAGUCACAGUGGAGACAGCCAGAGCACCACAGAGAGCCAACAGUGAGUCCUACACACAGAGCUUCCAGAGCAGGAAACCUUUCUUUACCUGGUGGUAGAGGAGAGGAGGAGGAGGCCAACUAGAAGAGGAGGCAAGAGGGGG